UUGGAUCUACUCGAUUUUUAUCUAAAUGGGAAGGAAGAUCAUAAAUUCGAGAGAAUUGUCGCGCCCCAGUGGGAUGAUCCGAAACCUAUGACGCAGGAGACGAAGAAGAGGAUUGCUAAAAUAGAGGAGUUGGGUCGCUCCGAUCCCAUCUCUGUGUAUCGGGAGUCGCUUGUGACAGAACCACCGGUUAUUGGGGAAAGGGCCAGAUCUCCUUAUCAAUUCGUGAAUGUCUACGCCAAAGAACCAAAGCCUCGACCGAAGUUUGCAGACAUUUUAGAGACGAUGCGGAGCAAAGCAACGUGCAUCGAUGAUCCGAAGUACAAAUCAGAGGUCAAUGGGCAAAAGAGCCAGCCGCCGACGCAAAGAAACACGGAUCAGUCGAACGGUACCUCUGAAAAUAUACCUUCCAACUCUGCAGUAAAUCCUGCCGCGUUAGAUGAGCUCGACAACCUCAACUCGGAGAGUUCCUUCAGCUACGACGAUGAUGUAGGAGACUCGGAACUCCUUACCAGAAUAAGAGAGGCAUUUACAGAUAAUUCGGAGCCAAUUCCCACAGUACCCAAGACACCUGAAAGACGGCGCCGUAGCUCUAGUCUUGCACCGAAUACUCCAUCUCCCGCGAAACGAAACAUAGAAGACGAGGAGCCAGACCCAGGCCAAUCAUCGUUUACCACGUCGAAAGAGGAAGAUCUCGCUGCGAUGUUUCUUGAAAAUCCUUGGUUCGCAUUCAAGAAGCGAAAUCCAAAACAGGUGUUUUUGUGCAACUAUGAUGCCGAGUGUGUACCCUUCAAAGUUGUGAAAGGAGGGAAAGUAUUAGGCGAGUGGGUAUUCGCCCUCGACAUGGUGUACAGGAAGGACGCAUUGCAUCAAUUACUGAUGGCGACAUCACUCCAUGCUAAUGACCCUGGCAACAGGAUGAUGGAGACUAUCUUGCAAAAAUUUGAUAGGGAGCCAGAGGUUGUCUACAAGAAAAAGUUCGUAUCCAGGGAUGGGGCCCUUCGAUUCACGGUCAAGGAACUUUGGUGCGAUGAUGAGUGGAAGUUCAACUUGGAAGCCAGAGUAAAUUUCCCAAGGCUCCUUCGCAUGAUGGAGACAAGCCGCAGGGUGGAAUUAGAAUCUGAUUCGUGGUUGGACUGGUUAGAUUGUUCUGAAAAGAAUUGAGGUUCUGGAGAUCGGAGAUUUAAUAUAUGGCUGUCGGGAACGCACAUUAAAGGAAUAAAUUGUAUCAUCAUUUCUUGUGUCAACGACAAAGCUCGCUGCGCCUGAAAAUUUUAACGAUGGAAGC